AUGGCUGCCGACCCAAACAGAGCCGUUCCGGAUCUCGAGCGAGGCAGCUCGCGCCAAUACAGCCGGGAAAAAGCCAGGCCAACCUCCUCGUCGAGGCGCAAAGCAACCCACAGCCACCUCUGCUUCUGCGUCCCCAUCCAAAUUGACGCCCGGGUCCAGAAGUACGCCCACCGCCGCGGCUUCUGGGCCUUCCUCUGCUGGCUCUUCUGGAUCUGCCUCAGCGCCUUCGCGUGCCGGCCCCCGUCAAGCUGCUGCGCGAAUCCACCCUCUGCGCCGGUUCACGUUCGUUCACGAUCAGGAAGUACGCUGUCGCCCCAGGCCUUUCCGUCGAUGAGUAGUACAAUGCCGCCGCGGUCGGCCAGGUCGGUGCGGUCGUCACGCUCACGGUCGUCGGAGAUAGGCAGCCCCCUAUCGACGAGGCUGUCUUCGAUCCCCGAACGUCACGAGAGUCCCGCCCGUGUCGUGAGGAAGCCGCUCGUUGCCGGACCCGGGGUGGAACGCCCGGCUGUCGUCGUCGCGCCUGCUGUCAUCUCCCCCGAGCACCAUGCGCCGGACCCUGGGAUGGUGAAGCGAUCGGAGAAGGGGCAGGUUCACGAUAUUGAAGACGACCGCAUCUCUGCCACGUGA